UCACGCACAACCACAACGAGAAGUGUUGGGUAACUCCUAGGAUAUCAACAUCCCAUACUCACGAAUGUUUGGUUUUUGAACAUCCUGUCGGCAGACGGACGGACUUCUAUGGCAGACUUUAGCUCUCAGCAAGGGAGAGACUACGGCCGACCGCCAAACCAUGGCCACACCUCGAAUCACCAACGAGAUGCCGCGUACGCAAACAUAUUCGGAGCACCUCCACCAGGAAGGGCUCAGACUAUGGGUGGACCACAGAUGUCGCAAGAUGGAAGGUCGCGAACUAUGACCGCAGAUAUGAUGCCACGAGCACCCCCCGCCCGACAGCCCAUGCCCCCGAUGUCGAACGGGUAUCCACCACAACAGCAGAGUAACCACCAGCAGCAUCAUGCAGCUCCAAAUUUCAGUCGUGCGCAGACAAAUACGUUCAAUCAUCCAUCGCAACGCCCACACAUGAUUCAAGCACAUUCGAUGCAACAACGAGCACCACCUGCGCAACAGCAAUACCCACAGCCUAUUCGGACAGAUCGCCGACCAUAUGGUCAACCACAGCGCCUAGAUGAACGUGCCCCUUCACUAACUUCCAGCACUAAGCCAAUGCCCAACAGGUAUCCUGGCGGCCCUCCAGCUCCAGCAAUGAGCAAUGAUGGGUUCAGGACACAAUCCUUGGCGACCGGCCAGCGCCCCCCGUAUCAAGGCCCAAUGGCACCUGCAAAUGCCUUCCGUCAAGCCCCAUACAUGAACCACACGGCGAGCACAACGCAGUAUGGUCGAGUCAUACCACAGCGUCCAGAGGAUGAACGGACCAUGUCCAUGAGUUCGUACGGCCGGGAGGCAAACAAUGCCGUGCAGCAGACGAACAGUGGACGCAUCAUACCGACCAGAAGACGGGAAUCCAGCAAUACGGACGACUACCCAGUGGAGCAGCAGGACCAAUCAAGCACGUGGAGUGCAUCUUCGACUUCAACUGUCAAGGUCCGGUCUCCCAGCCAAAGUAGCAUACCGCCUUCGCGUACCAUGUCGAUGGCCUCGACUAUAGGAGACAGAACUGACACCAUGACAUCUCGACCAUCGGGCUCAAAGACAAACUCACAGGCAUUGAUGGUGUCCCAAAGACGGUCACCUCUAGUAUACCCCGCGCUAUUAUCUAGAGUCGCCCAGACUUUUCGCGAUCGCAUUGGGGUGAACGACCAGGAGAAGGACGGUCUUGUCUACAAAAAUGGUUUCACUGGCGCCGAGGCUGUUGACUUGAUAUCUUACAUUAUCAAGACUACCGACCGAAAUCUUGCCUUACUGCUAGGCCGAUCGCUCGAUGCGCAAAAGUUCUUUCACGAUGUCACUUAUGCACACAGGCUACGAGAUUCCAGUAACGAGAUCUACGAGUUUCGCGAAACCGUCAUCGAGGACGACACAGACGUCAAUGGAGUGUUCACUUUGCUCACUGAGUGCUAUUCGCCGACAUGUACUCGUGAUCAGCUCUGUUACUCGAUCGCAUGCCCAAGACGACUCGAGCAGCAGGCUCGUUUGAACAUGAAACCGUUGCCAGGAUUGAGGAAAGAGGAUUCCAGUGCCAGUCUACACGAAGAUGCAAAUGAUGAGCAAAAACUUUGGAUCAAUACUGUAUCGAAGGAGGUUGCAGACAGCAUCGACGACAAGGAAAAGAAACGCCAAGAAGUCAUUUCCGAGAUUAUGUACACCGAACGUGACUUUGUCAAGGAUUUGGAAUACCUUAGGGACUUCUGGAUGAAACCUCUUCGAAAUCCAGCCACGUCUCCUGUACCAGAGCAUCGCAGAGAGAAGUUUGUGCGAACUGUCUUCUCGAACUGUCAGGAAGUCUACAUGGUCAACUCGCGCAUGGCGGAAUCUCUGACACGCCGUCAGCAACAGAGCCCUGUCGUUCGAAAUGUAGGUGACAUUUUCCUGGACUAUGUUCCUCACUUCAGUCCUUUCAUCAAGUAUGGUGCAAACCAACUUUUUGGAAAGUACGAAUUUGAGCACGAAAAACGGACAAAUGUUCACUUCUCCAAAUUUGUGGAUGAAGUCGAACGAAUGAAGGAAUCACGCAAACUAGAACUCAAUGGCUACCUCACUAAGCCCACAACGAGGUUGGCAAGAUACCCGCUACUACUGGAGAACGUCGCGAAAUACACUGCAGAUGACAAUCCAGACAAGCAAGAUAUUCCAAAGGCCAUAGCCAUGAUCAGGGAUUUCCUGUCCAAGGUCAACACCGAAUCAGGGAAGGCAGAAAAUCACUUCAACUUGAUGCAGCUCAGCCGAGAUCUCAAGUGGCGCAACGGCGAAUUCGUAGAUCUCAAGCUCACAGAGGAGAAUCGUCGAAUUGUAUUCAAGGCCCAACUGAAGCGCAGUCCGACAGACGCCCAAGGAGACAUUGCGGCCUACCUCUUCGACCACGCCGUCCUUCUUGUCAAGGUCAAAACCGUCAAUAAGAGAGAAGAACAACGCGUACACCGCAAACCGAUCCCUCUCGAGCUUUUGGUCAUUGGUCAAAUGGAGGAGUUCCUUCCCAAAAUAGGCAUUGCGAAACGCCCAUCUUCUAGUCUCAUCCCAGGUACUCGUACCAAUACUAUGACAGGCCAGAGACCAGAUGCAAAGCAGCAAGGUUUCCCAAUCACUUUCAAACAUCUUGGCAAAGGCGGAUAUGACAUCACACUGUACUGCAGCAGUCAGAUCCAGCAGCAAAAGUGGAUGGAACAUAUCGAAGCACAACAACGUAAUGUCAGGGAACGAAGCAACAUUUAUGUGCACUUGAAACUGAAUGAAGGCUUCUUCAACUCGACGAACAGAGUGAACUGCUGUGUGCCUAUAGAUGGCGGCCGAAAACUGGUGUACGGGACCGAUUUCGGCAUUUACGUUUCAGACCGCAAGCCCAAAGAUGCAUCAUUCAAGCCGCGACGUGUCUUGGACUGCAAAUCUGUCACGCAGAUAGACGUCCUGGAGAACUACUCGAUUCUUCUGGUAUUGAGUGACAAGACCUUGUAUUCGUAUUCCACGGACGCGCUCGAAUCCGACGAUGCAUUGAAUAAGCGCGCACGAAAGAUUUGCCAUGCCAACCUCUUUAAGAUUGGUGUAUGCAACGGCGCACAGCUCGUAUGCUGUGUCAGAACCUCAGCUCUUUCGACGACAGUCAAGGUCUACGAACCAAUGGAGAACAUGAUAAAGAAGCAAAAGAAGUCUGGGUUUGCCAAGAUGCUAACGGGUGGUCAAGAUGUUCUUAAGCCGUACAAGGAGCUUUACAUCCCCUCGGAAGCCAGUUCCAUUCACUUCUUGCGAUCAAAGCUGUGUAUUGGCUGCGCUCGUGGCUUUGAAGUCGUCAGUCUUGAAACAUUGGAGACCCAGUCUCUACUGGAUCAAGCAGACACAUCGCUUGACUUUGUUUCUCAACGAGAGAACAUGAAACCGAUCCACAUUGAAAGGCUACAGAGUGAAUUCUUGUUGUCCUACAUGGACUACUCAUUCUUCGUGAAUCGCAAUGGCUGGCGCACUCGACCAGAUUGGCAGAUCGUAUGGGAGGGCAAUCCGCAAGCCUUUGCCAUUUUCGGUUCCUACAUCCUGGCUUUCGAGCCUAGUUUUAUUGAGAUACGGCAUUUGGAGAGUGGUGCGCUGGUGCACAUAGUGACGGCGAAGAACAUUAGGAUGCUGCAUUAUUCCACCAGAGAGGUCUGUGAUUCUCUACGCCCAUGAAGACGAGGUCGGAGAAGACGUAAUCGUUAGCAUGGAUUUCUGGAGCCGGCCACAAAGUCCGCCUGCGCGUCAACAAGGUUCGAUUGACAGCUCGCGAUAAACCGAGAACGUAAUGAUACCCAACAA